AAUGUCUACGAUGCAAUGAUCAAGCUCGAAAGAAAUUACGAUUUACCUCCUAGUGCCUACUAUGGUCCAAACACUUCCAAGGACGUGAAGGCCCGCCUGCAUGUCGCUGAAGUACCGAAAGAAAUCAUGUCCAAACGAGAUUGGACGGACGAAGAAAUUGGGAUGGUCGUUCGGUGCUUACGUGCAAAUCUCAGCAACAUCAAAGAGUGCAUGGCGUUCCUGUUGCCUUUAUAUGAGAGGCCCAAGAAGAUAACUAGAUUUUGGAUCCAUUAUUCUGUCACUGCUUUAGCGUUCGUUGUUAUUUCCGGGUGGAUUGGAAAACAUAGCCGGCUAGCUGGUAGUGACGACCUUGACAACUGGAUCCGACAAGGUGCAGAGGCCAUUAAAGAUUUCUACCAAGAGCACGUUGAGGAACCGCUCUUGUCUAUCAGGGACGAUCUCUUUGAAACAUUUCGAAAGCGUCACCAAGGAUCAGCGGAAGUAGGAGACGUUCGAUUAACUGCAGCAUCUUUGAGCAGGAUGUUGAAGGCAUUUGCGGAGCAAACAAGCGGUGGUCAUCUUCCUAGCGAUGCGACAGAGCAACAAAUGAUGGAGAUAAUGAUGAGCAGAUAUGAAAAGGAGUUGACACACCCGCUUCAGAGCCUUCUUGGUGGAGAACUUGCGAGGGCGUUGCUGAUUCAAGUUCAGAAGCUAAAACUUGACAUUGAAACUGCGAUGCUGGAACUAAAUCAAAUAUUGCGAGCCAACGAGAUUAACUUUGCGAUUUUGGCUGCUUUUCCUGCUGUAAUUUUUGCGGUUUUCCUAGGAUAUUUGAUUCGGGUUUCACUUUCCAAGUCUAAAGGUGCAGAAGGUAGGGGGCGUAAGGCGCAGCUUCGGAGGAGAAUGCUCGUCGCUGAAGCCGAAAGAGCAGUGAUUCAAUACCAGCUUUUUAAAGAUAAAAACGAGGAAAGCCAAGCGUUGUGGCAGUAUGGAAUGCUGCUCUAUGCCCUUGACAGGCUGUACCGUGCCCUCUCUAAGAAUGGCAUCUCUAAGGCUGAAUGGUUCAGCUUGCGGGAGGAUGUAUUGGACCUUGCAAAGCCGAAUUUGGACACACACUACAAGCUCUUGAUAACUGCUCGGAUGGGACGACUGUACGAGUGUAUUGCUCCAGUUCCGAGACUCUAGUGAAAGUGGCACUGUCAGGAUUCGAGCCGGUGACACAUGACGUCGUCGCGCGAAAUCCAUAUUUUUGCGUCCGCGCGCAAAAUUCAGUUACAAUUUUGGAGCUA